CACUAUUAAUACGAGUACUUAGAAAAGUUAAUAAAAAAUUGAUAAAUAUAUUGCACAGUAUUUUUGCUAGCUUUAAAUAAAUAAUAUAUUUGCAAAAGGUAGAAGUCAUGUGGAAACAUAGAUAUCACAAACUCGUUUGGCAGCAAGGAGUAGCAGGGCAUCGUCAGCUGAUACGAGUAUCAAAAAAAUUAUUAAGAUUAACAGUACAGCGCUUGUGACUGACUAGCAGAGACAAGUUGGAGUCGGCAAUCAGUUUGAAAACGACUUUCAUCCGCAACAGACAUGUUAACGGCAAGCAUUCGAUUACCUGAGACGAAGUAAAAUUUACCUUACAGUAAGGCAAUAGUAAGCUGAAGGAAAGUUCAAUGCAGGUGCAUUACAAAGAGUGGCAGUGAAAAUUGCGAAAACCGAAUUAAUAACAUAUUUUAAAAAUAAAGUGGACGGUGAAAUAGACAAGUGUGGAAAGCUGUGUGAUAGUGUACGCCAGUAGCUGCAGCAUCUUCAAAUGCUGGGUAAGCAAUGGGCAAAGAGCCGAGCAAACAAACAAAUAAACACUAAGUAAUGCUUUUGCGUUACAAAGGAACGUAUAGAAAAUAAAAGUAGAAAACUAAGAUUCCACAUAAUAUGUAUGUAGUGACAAAAAGAAGCAAAGGUGAAAUGUGCAGGUGAACAGUGAAUUUCAGUCAACAAUUGAGAAAUGUUGCAUUAAGAAAGGUGAUAAUGUGUUCGAAAGUUCUUCAUUUGACUUCCCAGUACAACAACUGGUGCGUGACAACUGAAUUAAUGAAAUAAGCGCUGCGUAAUUGAUUAGGUUAAAAGCUGUGAGAAUUUCAAUUAUAUAGUACACAAAUGUAAUCGCCGCACAUUAUUUAAAAAACCAUAAGAUCACCUAAAAAUAUUUCAUGUAUAUGAGUAUUAGGUCAACAAAAGAAAAAUAUAUUGAGUGUACGCUUAGUAACUCGAAUUGGAGAAGAGCAACCAAGUUUAAAAAAAUAUUUAUUGUCGGGUUAUAUAAAACGAGAUCGUCAUAUAAAUCCAAAAGAAGUAUAGAAGUAAAAGCAAUAUAAGUUUUAAAUACUUGAGGUGUUAACGAAAUGAAAAAAAUUAAUGCUAGUAAGUUGGACACAACAACAAUGUUGACAUCAUUGACAGCUAAUGGAACCAGUACAAAACUGGAACAGCACACCAAGCCCAUACUAAGUCCAACACGAUCCCUUGACGAAGGUUUUGAAAGUGAUCCGGAUCGGGUGUCCACCGAUUCGGAGCAUCAAACAAGUGGAACGAAUUGCAGUAGUGGUAGUAGCCAUAAUGACAAUAGUCAGAACAACAAUAGAAAUAGUGUUGCAGAAAAGCACAACAGCGGCUCGACACUAGCUCAACUGUCGUCAGCGGCCACGGGAGGUCUAACAGCAUCGACAGCAUCAGUAUCAGCGUCACCAAUGACAACAAUAGCAAGCUUGACUGCCACAUCUAGCGUGUCCACAACGGUAGCUCAAAAGGCAAACAUAAAAACAGAUUUGCAUAAACUACGCUUGCUAACAAUGGUCGUUCCACCGUCUCAAAUUGCACGCCGACAGCCGGCGAUUAGUGCGACACCUGCUGCAACUCCUGCAAACACCAACAACUAUCAAUAUGCUGGUGCUGACGCGAAGUCGACAUCCGACACGUCAAUGGAAACGUUUCUAAAAGACCAGCAUUUGCAACAGCAGCGACGUGGCUCAGCAGACUUAGCGCACAAUAUCAACUAUCCGAUCGAUGUGACAACAUCAUCAUCUUCAACUGCUUAUGUCCCUAACAACAAUAACAAAAAUCAUUUACUUAUGCAAUAUCGUACUGGAUCCAACUUGGCUGCUCUCACCGCCAAUGUGGCACGCGCCAGCGGUGCUUUAACCAAAUCCACAAGCAAUGGCAGCGGCUCGCCGUUGCCCUCACAUCGUCUACAAUAUCAAAAGCAACGUCAACCAAUGGUAGCCUCUGCCGCCGGUCGUCAGACGGUACACAAUCAUCGUUACGCUGCCAGUGGUACCGGCAAUGGAGGGGGCAUGACUAGUGGAUUUCGACGCGCACGCACACGGGCAAUGUCUCCCACAGUGGUAAAUAGUCUAUCAAGCAACAACCAUGGCGUCAGCAACAAUACAGGAGCCAGCAUUGGUGGUAUGCAAGUUCACACUUCACGAAGCCAGCUUCUUUCACGCAACGCCAAUAUGCGUUCACAUUCGGUUGAUGCCGUUUCACGCCAUCGUAAUGGAUAUGACCCGACCAAUGCACUUAUUCUUAAGCAUGAAGGCAGUGGUGUCACAAGUUCGGGCAAUCAUAGCGUUCAUAGCGCUGGUGGUACCAGCAACACCGCCAGCAAUACACGAAUGAUGAACUACAAAUACUGUAGUGGGAGUGUGGGAACCGGCACUACAAGCGCUGGUCAAGCUCUGCUAGUACAGCCUAUUUCUAGUGCAACUUUGUCAACGAGCACAGCAGCAGUUUCACUCCCAGCCGCUACUACAGUUCUUAAUCCAGCGAAUGCUGUUGAUGCCGCUGCUGCGUUGGUCGCAGCAGCUGGUGGAUCACCAGUUAUCGCUUCGGCCACCAACAGUCUGUACACGUUCUACCCAGCCGAAGGCAAUUUGCAAGUAUGGCAAUCUGAGUACGGCGACCUCACGUACAAAUCAUCGCGCAAUCAGCACACGCACAAGGCGCCGGUUUGUUGGACACAAUCGAUACCAAGGCAAACAAGACGAUACAUUACUCCAGCAACCGCAUCCAACGGCAGUGGCGCUGCCAGUAUAAUCUAUCCCUCCACGAAUGGACAAGUGUACAGGGUGAAUAACGUACCGUUGUCGCAGGCAAAUGUUGUGAACAUUUCCUCUUGUAACAACAAUAACAAUGGAAGUGCGGACAAUGUAGACGGUUAUCACAGCGAGAACAGCAUGGGUAACAGGGACAUAAACUCGCCGAGUGGAUUCUCACAAAAGUUAAAAGAAUUAGCGGCAUCAGCAGGCCUCUUAACACUAAAGCCGCGGCAUCCGCUGAAACCCGUAAUAAAGACGCGUGGCUCACCAGGAUCCGAAUUUCCGAAGAAGGUCACAUUCAGUGCCUUCGCUACCGUACAAGUAUUGUAGUGUUCAGGCAAAGCUAAGCCUUAGUUAUGGCCAAAAUGUUGGUUGGGAUGAUUCCAUAUGUAUAUGUAUGUAAAAUAAAACAAAAAAAUGGAAUUUUAUUAAUUAAUUUUCUGCUUUUUUCGUAAAGAUUGAAAAUUCCAAGCUUGGACAUUGGCGCCUCGCUAAGUAACAUUAUUGUUGUUAUUCGUAUUUCUAAUUACACAAAACUUACAGAUGUACGAGGUAUUGGUUCGAAGUAAAAGUCUUACGUACAUAUGUAUGUACUUACCUAUGUAUAAACAGAUUUAGUGAGUAGUAUAUAAUAUAUUUGAAUUGUUUUUGUUGUUGUUAUUUAUAAUUAUUCUCUCAAAGGAUGAGUUAAAAUAUAUAAUAUUUACUUCCGAAUGCUAGGAUGAUUAAAAUUUAAAAUUAUCAAUAACCUGAAGCACUUUGAAUUCCCACACCCACAUCACAUAGUCGGACAGGUUCAAAGAAGAGUGAAAAAUAUGCUCCGAUACAAUGUGUGAAUUUUAGUAUAUUCAUUAAUUUGUUGAUUAUUGUAAUGUGUUAUAUUUGUAUGUUCAUAGACUAAGUGUUUUUAUUACAAGAUAUCGAAGCCCACUUUUUGGAUCAUUGUGGAGAUUACAUAGAGCACCCAGUUACAUACAUGUGUGUAAUUAAAGAAGCUGCUGGAUAAACUAAACUAAUGCGAAUAACAUGAAUUGCUUGCGUUUGCUGCAAUAUCCAUUUGACUUAUAAAAAUGAUCGUUUUAAGUAGUGAACAAAAACACAAUAACAAAUAACUCUGUAAGUUAAUUUGUUCACAAUUUAUUAUGUUGUAAACGUGUUAUAACAAAUACAAUGUAUUUAAAAGUACAUGCAUAUGUACGUUGCGGUAUCCUUAUUUAAAACAAAUCAAGUUUUGCAAAAUGCCGAUUGGAUUGUUUCUCUAGUCAUGUAAAUACUUAAAGUGUAAAGAAAAUGUAGUUAAAACUUGAAUUUCCUUGAAACUGUUUCUUGAAUUGUAUCAGGUAAUGUAAUACUUUGUAUUCGCUAUAAUUGACGACCAACUCAAAAAUUUACAAUUUACAAAUACAGCUCCUGAAAUAACAUUUUACAAUUAUUUCAAAUAAGCACAUACAAAUUUGUUUUUAUUUAAAAAUGUUACCAUUCCAGGGAUGCGUUAUUGAAUAUGUAGAAAAUCAGUUAAAUAAUCUUCAAAUAAACAUCAUCAACUUAAUUUAAAAAUAAUUGUAAUAUAUUUACAUGAAGUGUUCAUAAAUAAUUUAGAUUAUAUUAGAAAUUGUAAAUUUUAUUUUAUUAUAAAUAUAUAUGUACGUGAAUACUUUGAAAAUAUGUAUUAAUUGAUUUAGUAGAUAUUAGAUAAAAUACCCUAAGGUUUGAUGUUGGUCUCAUUCCCUAAUGCUGGUAUGUAGCUACUUAUUUACAUACUCGUGCUUAUAUAUGUACAUAUGUAUAUGUAUGUGCACGAAUUGUCUGCCUAUUAAGUGGUCGUAAAUUGUUGCGCUUUGGCGCUAUAGUACAGUAACUAUUAUAUCUUAUCUGAAUUACUAGCAGUUACUUCAUUAGUCAACGCUGCAUUUUUUGAUGCGAUUACUCAUCCAUUUCGACGUUCCCUACUUUUGUUUAUAGAAAAAACACACAAACCUCAAAUUUAAUGGGGAAUCAUUCGAAAGAACGGUCUUUGGCAUACAUUUUUUGAAAACUAUCUCUUUCAAAUAGCCAUGACUGCGUCUCAAAUAGUCCAUCCGUUGAGACCAAUUUUCGAUGACUCGUUCGAGCAUUUCGACUGGUAACUGGCGAAUGACACGCGUGAAGAUUUGCUCCAAGGCCUGAAUCGAAGCGGAAUUGUCCGCAUAGACUAUCUAUACCUUUACAUAUUCCCACAGGAAAAAGUUGAACGGUGUGAUAUUAUCUGGUCACCGAAGUGUUCUC